UUCGUAAUUAGUCUUCGUAAAUCCGUAUUUAAUUUAGGUUAAAUAUUUUGUUAAUAUUUUUACUAGACGGUGAUAUUUAAAAUUAUUUUAAAAAUAAACAAUUUGAUUCAGUAUGGUAGAUCCUAAUCGUAAAAUCAAUCGACUGACAGAUAAGGAUAUUCAGUUUUUGGAUGAAUGUCAAGAUGAAUUUGCAAAUCGUUUCACUGAUGAAGAUGUAGAAUUUUCGAAUCACUGUUCUAAACCACUGGCAGAUCCGCCGAUAGUUGAAAACUGGGGAUUUUCUGGAGCCGGUAAUAAUUACCGCGGCGGUGGACAACGGAAUAACUAUGGUGGAGGCAAUCGGUAUAACCGUGGAGGAUGGAAUAAUCGCGGACGGGAUCGUGGUGAACGGGGACAUCGUGGAGGUGGUGGGCCUUACCAAAGACAUAAUAAUAGACGAUACAAUGAAAAGCCCUAUGAUAGAAAUUUCCAUGGUGGCAGUGAACGCGAACGUAGUGAACGCGAUGAACGUCCACACCAGCCAAUGAAUAUACGACGAGACUAUGGGAACUUUGUUCCUGCGUCAAAAGAUUAGUAAUUAAAGAAAUAUGUGGUGCUAGAUUAGGUUUAUUCAAGGCUAUUUCUUUCAAAAUUAUGACAUUUUUUCUUUCAUUAGUCUUAUGAUGAACAAAUAAAUAAUUGCAUGUUUAUAUUAUGAUGUUUCCUCAAAAA